ACACUUUGAAAUUCAACGUGAGACUCGUACUCGUAUCAAUGUUACCGUAGUAGAAAUCACCCCUGAUAAACACCUUUCAAGUUCUCUUCCAAUUUUCAUACAUUUUACAGAUUUCAAAUUGGAUUCUCAUUACCCGCUAAACGAUGGAAGUGCAAUAGUAACGCAUCCUAGUAGCAAAAAUUAGAACUACUAGAAGUACACUAAAGAAGAAAUUGGACGGAGUACACAUUUCUAGGCACAGCGUUUCCUGUCACAUGUCUCCAGUGGUGUUAGUCAUGAAUGAGGUAAACAAUAACAAUUUUCAUGAAAACAAAUCAGUGGAGGAGGAUGAAGAGGCGGAGAAGAAGGAUGACAGAGGAGAAGCAAAACAAGGAGAAUAUGACGAUGAUAUUGAUGUCUGGGAUCACAUCAAGGAUGAAAUAGAAAUUGACGAAAAACCAUUUCAGUUUCCCAUGGAGGAUAUUCCUUGUAAUAUUACUGUUGCUUCAGUAAAUCAUAUUCAGAUGGCGACAGUUACUGUUAAAAAGGAGGAGGAGGAGGAUGAUAGCAGCCAGCAACCAGCUGCAGUGGAAGAUGAUAGCAGCCAGCAACCAGCUGCAGUGGAAGAUGAUUGCAGCCAACAACAUUAUCUAAUCCCUGGCUACAACAUGAUCUUCAUCAAAGAGGAGGCAUAUGAUGAUCAAGAGGCUGAAGUAAGUUCAGUGAAGAGGGAACCAGAGAUGUGGCCUUCAAACUGCAGCACAUCUGGCCGAGACUAUGCAACAGACGUGGGUGGACUGAUUGAGCAUUCAAUCUCUCCAGUGGAAAAGUGCACUGAGUCAUCAGUGGCUGGUAAAAAGACCAAACUCUACAGCUGUGCUCACUGUAGCUAUAAAACACCAUCGUUUUUUAAUUUGAAGAUACACAUUAGAAAACACACUGGAGAAAAACCAUUCAAUUGCGAGUUUUGUGACUACAAAAGUGCUAAGUUAGGUAGUUUGAAAAUACAUAUCAAAAGACAUACUGGAGAAAAACCUUUCAGCUGCGAGUUUUGUGAAUACAAAAGUGCUCAUUUACGCUGUUUGAAAAUUCAUACCAGUAAACAUACUGGUGAAAAACCUUUCAGCUGCGAGUUUUGUGAAUACAAAAGUGCUGCGUUAGGUAGUUUGAAAAAACAUAUCAGAACACAUACUGGCGAAAAAACUUUCAGUUGCAAGUUUUGUAACUUUAAAAGUGCUUAUUUGGGUAAUUUGAAAGUACAUAUCAGAAAACAUACUGGCGAAAAACCUUUCAGCUGCGAGUUUUGUGACUUCAAAAGUGCUCAUUUGAAUAGUUUGAAAGUACAUAUCAGAAAACAUACUGGCGAAAAACCUUUCAGUUGCAAGUUUUGUAACUAUAAAAGUGCUUAUUUGGGUCAUUUGAAAGUACAUACCACAAAACAUACUGGUGAAAAACCUUUCAGCUGCGAGUUUUGUGACUUCAAAAGUGCUCAAUCAGGUCAUUUGAAAAUUCAUACCAGAAAACAUACAGAAGAAAAACCUUUCAGCUGCGAGUUUUGUGACUUCAAAAGUGCUCAUUUGAAUAGUUUGAAAGUACAUAUCAGAAAACAUACUGGCGAAAAACCUUUCAGUUGCAAGUUUUGUAACUAUAAAAGUGCUCAUUUGGGUCAUUUGAAAGUACAUACCACAAAACAUACUGGUGAAAAACCUUUCAGCUGCGAGUUUUGUGACUUCAAAAGUGCUCAAUCAGGUCAUUUGAAAAUUCAUACCAGAAAACAUACAGAAGAAAAACCUUUCAGCUGCGAGUUUUGUGACUUCAAAAGUGCUCAUUCGAGUAGUUUGAAAGUACAUAUCAGAACUCAUACAAGAUAAAAACCUUUCAGCUGUCAGCUUUGCGACAACAAAAGUGCUAGGUUAUAUAAUUUGAAAAGACAUAUCAUAAAACAUACAGGAGAAGAAACUCCUAGCUUUACAAAUUUCUCUGAGUUAGGCUAUGCCAUCACUAGCAAAUCUGAAGUAGGCUAAACAACUUUAUUUGGUAACUUCUGUAUGCUACUAAACUCAUCAAUAAAUAGCCUAGAUAUUAAUUAAUGAUCUCACCUUAAUUUAAGACCUUCAGCAAUUAAAAAUUAGCAGAAUAGACAAACAAUGACUCGAUGACACGUCUGACAUUAUUUUUUAAUUGAAUAACGAGUUGCCUCGGCUUGGCUGCAAUCGGUAAAGCAUGAGUGUAGAAAUAUAUAAGUCUGGUCGUGGUUUUUUAGAAUACAAUUUCGAUAAAAAUCCUUAUAGGCUCGCUCAGGAGCUCCUGCAGUUUAUUGCUUUUGAACAAUUUAUAGAAAUCUUUGGAAUGUAUUAUGUCCAGAGAAUUUAAUUAACAAUGCAAUAUAUUGUUGUGUAAACCAGCUUAUUCUAUUACUGAUAAAAUUGGAUGGUAACUCUCUUAAUGAUUUAAUACUGAUAAGUAAUAAAUAGAUAUAAGAUUUGCCCUGCGUGGUAUUGGGGAAUAAAAUAAAUGGUACCCCAUAAAAAAUUUGAUACAUAUAUUGUACAAAUAAAUAUUAAAAGUCAGAUAAAUAUGGAAAAUAUAUAGAGCAACAAAACAUACACAACAAAUACAAGAAUAAAUAUAUCAAAAAUAAAAUAUCACAGACUGGUACACUAUUCUUUAGCUCUUUAGCAUGAAACAUUACCAUGUGCUUUCUCAAUUCAUUGAUAAUAUGCAUUCAUUGGUAUUCAGCUUAGGUAUCGACUUGCUGUUGCUUGUCGAUUUAGGCAAUCUCACUUUA